AUGGCGGAUGCAGUGAGAAAUAUUAUCAUAAAGCUGGGAAGGAAAGUUCAUUCACCAGAGACAGCCAUGAAGCAUGUCAAAACUCUUCUCCAACUCGCUAUGAAAAAGACGUUGAAGCUUGACCUUGAUCUUCGCGACGAAAUCGUGGUCAUAGUGUUCUCAGAUUACCCGGAAUUCUAUGCGGAUUGGUCCAACGAAAACACAAUCGUGUGGGCGACCAUUCCUAAGCCUGAAGAUGGUAACCGUGCUGGGGCUUUCCUCCAAUAUUUCGCCCAAAGGGCUCUGGAAUCCGAAGAAAUCUCGCGUCGACGGAUAGCAGCUCAACCUCUCUAUCUUCAAGCUGCACAGAAAGAAGCCACACACCGUAUCGAGAUUCUUCGUAACAGGUCUAAUACUUCUGAAACCCCUAUUGAGAUAUCUCCUGAUAAGCCUGAUGAUUUAAUUUCUGAUGCUAUUGAAUCUGCUCUGCCUGUUGCACAAUCCGAUAAUGAGAAUGUUUUUUUGUCUGAGAAAUCCUCUGUGUCUGAUGAUCCUCCUCGUAUAUCUUCUGAAAAUUUGGAGUCUGCAAAAGUUGUCCCUAAUAGUGAUUCUGAUGAUAAGGUAGACAAUUUGAGUCUAGUUGUGUACUCUGCUGAUAUUGCACGAUCUGCUAUUCCUGUUUUACCCAUCUCUGAUGCUGCUAAGUCACCGGUUGAAGUUGCCAGACUCUCAAGCCCUAGUUCCUCUGAUCAAAUUGAAGGAGUUCUUGUUUAUACUUCAACCUCUAUAGCUGAGAGCCUUGACCACAUCCGUCACUUUGCCUGUUUAUCAUCUGUUUCUGUACCAGAACCUUAUAAAGUCAUUCACCCUAAUGAUCCUCCUGUACAGCUUGACAGUGAUGAUGAGAAGAUACUGGCUGAAGUUUAUGGUCCUCAAGCUCAGUUGUCUGGACCUCUUACAGUUUUCAAAACUCUGCGAUCAUCUGUCAAGAACAAGGCACCUGCUACGGUCUCCACCACCUCUACCAGAAAGAUGAAACCAACUACAAGGUCGAGAGGAAGGAGUGUUACGCCUGAUGUCCAAGCUGCUUCGGACAACCCUGACACAUCGAUUUACAAACCUCAGUUUGUUUCUGCUACAGCUCAAGGAAAAUGGUCUACGAUGGUUCAGCGAUCAGUUGAUGAGAAUCAGUUGAAUUAUGUCUGUGACAUUCUGCCCUUGCUCAGUGAAGUUGGCCUCCUGAAGACUGUCACUUCUAUUUGCCCUUACUCCAAGCUGCUGACCUAUAGGGCUGUCAAAGUGGGCCGAAGCCCACGGAUUUUCAUCAGAGGAAAAUGGUAUGUUUUCGGUCCAGAUGUGAUUAAUGAGUAUUAUGGUCUAAGGGCUGUUGAUGAGGAAGAGAUUACGGAUUGGGAUUUAGUUGCAAGGACCCUUACCGGUGGUCAGACUCCUGUAUGGCCUACAGGUGAUGUUGAUACUCUGUCUAGCUCGAAACUCACCUCCAAAUAUGUUAUUCUGCACCGUAUUGCCUUACACAAUUGGCUACCUUCUGCACACUUCCAUACGGUUGGCAAGCAACUGGCUGCUCUUCUAUUUCGAAUUGGCACAAAAAUGACCAUUGAUCUGGGAAAGUGGAUCUUCUAUCAUUUCCUCACCUUGAUUCAUCCAAGGGAACAGAAGGUAAGACUGCUAUAUCCUAAUCUCAUCUUUGGAGUUCUGACAACGCAGGGCCUGGUCCCGAUGCCAAGCGAGAUUAUCUGUCCAACUCUGCUCUACAGUGUUAAUCCUCGUCUCUUGACUGGCAAGCACAUCCGAGAUGUUACGCCUGUGGCUGUGCCUCCAUCUUCUGAAGCUGACACUCCUGAUGACUCGCCACAUGCGAGGGACAUUCAGCUAUCUCUUCGUUUGAAGGCUCGGGUGUCUGAGCUGGAAACUGUUAAUGGAAUCAUUGCGAAACAACUCACUGCAGCCCGUACUGAACUUGCAACUGUUCUGCUUCGUCUGAGCCUGACUGAGUCUGCUGCUGCGAGAACGUGA